AUGAAUAGUAUCUUUAACGAAAAGAAACCUAUUUUAUUGAAUGGAUCUUCGAACAAAUCAAUAAAGGAUUUAUAUUCUCCAGCAACAUCAUUCAAUAGUUCAAAACCAUUUCCAAUUAUUAUGGUUGAUCAAGAUACACGAUAUCGUCUUGUUUUACUUGGAGCUAGUCGUACAGGAAAAUCAUCUAUUAUUAAUAUGUUUUUAAAUGGAAAAUUUUUGGAUACUUAUAAAGAAACUGUUGAAGAUUUGCAUUAUCGAGAAUUUACUAUUGAUGAUAAAACAAUUAAAGUUGAUAUAUUAGAUACUGCUGGUAAUAUGGAAUUUCCUGCAAUGCGUCGUUUAUCAAUUGCUACAUCACAUGCAUUUAUUCUUGUUUAUAGUGUUGAUAGUAUGCCAGCAUUCGAUGAAGUUCGUUGUAUCAUUAAACAAAUAAAAGAACAACGAACAAAUUAUGCUGAAAUUCCAAUUGUUAUUGUUGGAAAUAAAACUGAUCGUACAGGUAUACGUGAAGUUGAAGAACAUCAUGUACGAACAAUGCUUAAUGAACUUGGUCCAUUACAUUGUCGUUUUGUUGAAUGUACAGCACUUGAUCGUGCAUCAAUAAUUGAUAUAUUUCUUAAAUUACUUAGUCUUGUACAAUUAUCUGCAGCAAGACAAUUAAGUCCAAUAUUAAGACGAAAAGUUAGUGAACGUCUUAAGAAAAAAGAAUUUGAUGAUAAAACAGAAAACAGUUGUAAUCGUAGUCGAAGUCUUAUACGAAGAACAUCUAUGAAAAAAAGAGGACCAUCAUCCAAUGAUAAACAUUCAUCUAAAACACCUGAUUGCUUAAUGUCUUAA